AUGUCUUACUAUCCGACGAAUGGGACCACAGAUGUGGCCAUCACUGGGACCUCUGCCACCGCUGCCAUUGUCUCCCAUCAGCCGCACCACCAAAACGGCCUCAAUCUGCGAGUGGAUCCCAAUUUGGAUGCGAAGGAGUUUUGGCGUAAAUACGACAUCACUGUCCACGGGAAGGACGCGCCCCUACCGCUCAUGUCGAUGGUGUCCUACAAGUGGCCGCAACGCAUACAGGAGGCCCUGGAGGCGGACCAGUUCACGGCCCCCACACCCAUACAGUGCCAGUCGUGGCCCAUCGCACUGUCCGGUCGUGAUCUCGUGGGAGUGGCGCAGACGGGCUCCGGGAAGACGUUGUGCUAUGUUUUGCCCGCUUUUGUCAAAAUACUCAAAGAUCGGCCCCAAAGAGGCCCCAAGUGUCUGGUGUUGGCGCCCACUCGCGAGUUGGCCCAACAGAUCCAGGAAGUGGUCCGCAGAUACCGGUUCGCCAACAACGUGUGUCUCUAUGGCGGCGCCUCCAGAGGCCCACAGAUGAGGCAAUUGCGUGAAAUGAAUCCGCAGAUUAUAAUCGCAACGCCCGGACGGAUGAUUGACUUCGUGGAGAGCCGUACUGUAGACCUGCGGACAGUGGACUACCUGGUGCUGGACGAGGCCGACCGCAUGCUUGACAUGGGCUUUGAGCCACAGCUCAAGAAAAUCAUCGCUCAGUUGCCUCGAGAGCGCCAGACCCUCAUGUGGUCGGCCACGUGGCCCAAGGAGGUGAAGGCAUUGGCCGCCCAAUACAUGGCGGACUACAUUCAGAUCAAUGUCGGCGGCACUGAACUGACGGCCAACAAGAAUAUCAAGCAAUACGUGGAGGUCUGCGAGGAAUUCGACAAAAAGCAGAAACUGUUUGAUCUGUUGACGAAGAUUAGAGCCGAUUCUCGAGAGAAUAAGACGAUUAUCUUCGCGGAGACCAAACGCAAGACCAAUGAUUUGGCGAAUGAGUUGCGCGCCAGUGGAUGGCCGUCCGCCUGCAUUCACGGCGAUAAACCACAACACGAGAGGGAUUGGGUUCUCAAAGAGUUCCGAACGGGUCGUUCCCCUAUUCUUGUGGCCACAGACGUGGCCGCCCGUGGAUUGGAUGUGGACGACAUUAAGUGUGUAAUCAAUUAUGAUUAUCCAAACUCUGGUGAGGACUAUGUCCACCGAAUUGGUCGUACCGGUCGUCGCGAUAAGAAGGGAACGGCGUUUACUUUCUUCACGUCUGCGAACGCCAAACAGGCGAAUGAGUUGAUCGAUGUCCUCAAAGAGGCCGAACAGGUGAUCGAACCCAAGCUCUACGAUUUGGCCCAACAGUCGAGAUACAUGGGUAACAACAAACGGCGCCGCUAUGGACACGUCGGUGGUGGCGGCGGUUGGAGUAACGGCCGCUCCAAUGGAUACGGCGGAUCCGGUGGAGGAGGUAGUGGUGGCUAUAAGCGUAAGUUUGAGGGACAGAAUGGCGGUCCCGACGCCAAGAGACCCGUGAGAAGAGAUUAUGACUCAUCCAGUAGUAAACGAUUUGGAUCUCAAAGUUCUUCUUAUACUAAUGGUUAUAAUUCUCAGAACAAGAGUUCAGUCACUUCUAACUCCUACUCGUCCAACGGAACGGUAUCCGCCAACCGGUACAGCAGUUGGGAUUGAUUUCUAGCGAAACUUAACUAUUAAUUAUAAUUAUUAUUAAUUUCCAUUUCCAUUAUAUUUAACGUCUCUUUUUUCAUUUGGAACUUAUUUUUCUAAUAAUAGUCUUAAUUAUAAAUUGAUAAUACAUUUUGAGAUCUAUUUAGCGCUCAAAUUAGUAUUUUAGUAAAUGUUUAGAAUCUAAAUACCAUUUUUAGAGUAUUAUUAUUAUUAUUAUUAUGUAUGAAAACC